CCAGAGGACACCACGCAGCCGAAACCCAAAGCCCAGGGGAAGGAGGUUCCGCCAAAGAUAACCGUGCCCAUGAAGGGCGUCACGGUGCAGGAGGGACACCCUGCCACACUGCGGUGUCGCUUCUCCGGGCAGCCAGCUCCGACGCCGCAAUGGCUGAAGGAUGGACAACCGGUAAAGCCGUCCAAAUACUUCAAAUCGAGCAGGACGGCGACACGUUCGUGCUGAAGAUCUCCGAGUGUUUCAAGGAGGACGAGGGAAUAUACACCUGUGUGGCGACCAACUCGGCAGGCAAAUCAACCAUGAAGGCGCCGCUGAAAGUCACAGCUCCGAAGCAGGAGAUCGUCCCCACUGUGUCCCCGAUGAAGGACGUCAUCUGUAUGGAGGGUGAGCCCGCCCGGUUUGUGGCCAAAAUCACCGGCAAGCCCACCCCUACGGCGACGUGGCUGCGCGAGGGCCAGAUCAUCCCGCAGAGCGGGGAGUUCAAGAUGACACUGACGGGCGGCACGGCCGUGCUGGAGAUCUGCGAGACGUACUCGGACGACACGGGCACCAUCACGUGCCGCGCCACCAACGGCGCCGGAACCAGCGAGGCUUCCGCGCGGCUCACGGUCCAAAAGAAACCAAAAGAAGGAGCACCGGCUCAGAUUGUGGAGCCACUCAACCCUCGCCAAGUGCGACCCGGUCAAACCUUGGCCUGGGAGGUCAAGGUCAUCGGCUCGCCACCGCCGCAAAUCACUUGGUUCCACGAAGGACAGCCGAUCCGUCCCUCGGACGACUUUGUUCCGUCCUUCAACCCCGACACGGGCGUGGCGCGGCUGACGGUACCCACCGUGAUGCCGGAAGACGUCGGCAACUACACCGUUCUGGCAGAGAACCCCUUCGGUCGGGAUCAGAAUACCGCCAACCUCAUCAUUGUCGAAGGAACCGAUUUGGAGAGUCUGCCCGAGGGUAGCCAGCCGCCAGCGCUGGUGGUUCCCCUUCGAGCGGUGGUCGCCAGGCCGGGAGCCGAUGUCACCUACCACACGGCCUUCGAGGGCCUGCCGCCACCGGUCAUCACCUGGUUCCACAACGGCAAGCCUGUCGACGAGACCGAGGGCUACACGGUGAUCACUGACGACCGCGAGUCGCGACUGGUGCUGUCCCGCGCCUCCACUCCCGAUGAGGGUGUCGUUGAGGUGGUGGCAACAAACGCGGUGGUGAGGCGCGGUCACGUGCCACGCUGGUCGUUUCGCCAGAGCUGCCUGACGAGGCGGAGCUGCAAGCUCCCAGUUUCGUGCGUCCAGUCCGACCCAGCAUGUCCCGCUAGGAGAAACAGUGGUCAUGAGGCAGAGGUGACCGCAAAGCCUGAGGUCACCUUCACUUGGAUGCGUGAUAACAAGAGGCUGAAGAACACCAAGAACAUUCACAUUACCAGUGACGGCAACAAAACUGUGCUCGUUAUUAGUGAGAUGCGACCGAAGGAUGUUGGAGAGUACACAUGUGUUGCAGAGAAUGAGGCAGGCAUGACGUCCUCAGCGGCGUCCAUCCAGCCGCGAUCUUCGCCGGAGAAGGCGCCUCGUGAGCCUUCUGUCACCCAGCCAGCCCCAGAGCAGCCGUCCGAGACUAGCGUGGGAGCUGAUCGAUCCAGCCCAGUCUCCGUGACCAAAUCCGAGUCCCAAGAGCAGGUGGUGCCAGACGAAAAGACGGCGCCAGAAGAGACUCCGAAGAAAACGCCAAAGAAGGCGCAUAAGAAGAAGCCAGAGAUAUCCGAAGAAAAGCCUGAAGAAAGACCUGAAGAAGCACCUGAAGAGGUGCCAGACAAGCCAGCGGCUCCUAAAAAGGAGCCGGUACCUGAGGAGCAGGUUCCGACUGAGGAACUUCCUGAAGAGGAGGAAGCACCUUCCGACUUGCCGAAGGUAACGAGCCUAACACCGGUUAUCAAGCUGAUGGACGGCGAAGAGCUCAAGGUGUCCUGUAAGAUCGUCUCGCCCACUCCGACCCGCGUCGCCUGGUUGCACGAAGGCCAGCCGAUGGACGAGCACCGUGACGUAGAGGUGACCAUGUCGCCCGACGGCGUGUGCACGCUCUACAUCAGCGAGGUGUACCCGGAGGACGCCGGCACCUUCACCUGCCGCGUCACCAACGCCGUCGGUCCCGGCGAGGCCACGUCUCACGUCAGCGUCGAGCCGUACGAGUACGUGCAGGACUCGGAGAUCGCCUCAAUGACGGUGGGCACCCUGCUCAGCGUGGACGACCACAGUGAGGAGGACCUGCUGGACGCACCCGAUGAACUCGGACCGCGCUUCGUGCGCCGGCUGCCGCGAACGACCAGUGUGCCGGAAGGCAGCCCCAUCACGUUCGAGUGCCGCCUGGCACCCGAGGCACCGUGCGAGGUCACGUGGUACCUCAACGAGCGCGUGAUCCAGCCGGGCCGCGACUUUGAGGUGGAGGCGCUGGAGGACGGCACGCAGCGCCUGACUGUGCUGCAGGCGUUCCCUGACGACGCCGGCGUGCUGACCUAUAUUUUGCUUCUUGGCUCUUUGCCUUGACAAAGGCACGGCUCUGGGACGGUUACUCAGAUUUCAUUUCCAGAGUUUUCAGCAUACCUACAUAAAUACUGACACAU